GCGAGGACAGGUGCCCCCUGGACUGGAAAUCGUCUCUGCCAGGCUGAAAGAUGGCGGCGACAGCCUCGCUCGCCCUUGUGCCCUAACCUCCAAGAACCAAUGGCGCCGCGACGCUCGGAUGACUCAUCGCGGCGACCGAGGCACGAGGUCAUAUGAUGCAACCCUGGAGUCCAGAGGUUCGCUGGUGCGCCUUGCAGUGACAAGCCCGCGCCCUGUUGGGAGAAGAUGCCCGUGGAGGUGACCGCGGCGACCGCGGGGAUGGUCCUAGCAGAGCUGUACGUCUCUGAGCGAGAGGGAAAUGAUGCUACAGGUGAUGGAACCAAGGAGAAACCUUUUAAAACAGGUCUAAAGGCUUUGAUGACAGUGGGAAAAGAGCCAUUUCCUACCAUUUACGUAGAUUCCCAAAAAGAAAAUGAGCGGUGGGAUGUGAUUUCUAAAUCACAGAUGAAGAACAUCAGGAAAAUGUGGCACAGGGAGCAAAUGAAGAAUGAAUCCCGGGAAAAGAAAGACGCAGAAGACAAUUUGAGAAGAGAAAAGAACCUGGAAGAAGCAAAGAAGAUUACCAUUGAAAACAACCCAAGUCUUCCCAAGCCAAAAAGUGUGAAGAUUCACGCAUUAGAAGGAUACAGAGGCCAAAGAGUAAAGGUGUUUGGCUGGGUCCACAGGCUGCGUAGGCAAGGAAAGAAUUUGAUGUUUCUGGUGUUGCGAGAUGGUACAGGGUAUCUCCAGUGUGUCUUGUCAGAUAAUUUGUGUCAGUGUUACAAUGGAGUGGUCUUGUCCACUGAGAGUAGUGUUGCAGUGUACGGAAUGCUAAGCCUCACCCCAGAGGGCAAGCAGGCCCCUGGAGGCCAUGAGCUGAUUUGUGACUUCUGGGAACUGAUCGGGUUGGCCCCUGCUGGAGGAGCUGAUAACUUGAUCAACGAGGAGUCUGACGUAGACGUCCAGCUCAACAACAGACACAUGAUGAUCCGAGGAGAAAACAUGUCCAAAAUCCUGAAAGCACGUUCCAUGGUCACCAGGUGCUUCAGAGAUCACUUCUUUGACAGGGGGUACUGUGAAGUUACUCCUCCAACAUUAGUGCAAACACAAGUGGAAGGUGGCGCUACGCUCUUCAAGCUUGACUAUUUUGGGGAAGAGGCCUUUUUGACCCAGUCCUCUCAGUUGUACCUGGAGACCUGCAUCCCGGCUCUGGGAGAUGUUUUCUGUAUCGCACAGUCAUACAGGGCAGAACAAUCCAGAACACGAAGGCACCUGGCUGAAUACACCCACGUGGAAGCAGAGUGCCCUUUCCUGACCUUUGAGGACCUCCUGAACCGAUUGGAGGACUUGGUUUGUGACGUGGUAGAUAGAGUCUUGAAAUCACCUGCAGCAAGCAUAGUGUAUGAACUCAACCCGAAUUUCAAGCCCCCAAAACGGCCUUUCAAACGAAUGAACUAUUCAGAUGCUAUUAUGUGGCUAAAAGAACACAAUAUAAAGAAAGAAGAUGGAACUUUCUAUGAAUUUGGAGAGGAUAUCCCAGAAGCCCCUGAGAGACUGAUGACAGACACCAUUAAUGAGCCCAUCUUGCUGUGUCGGUUUCCUGUGGAGAUCAAGUCCUUCUAUAUGCAGCGCUGUCCCGAGGAUUCCCGCCUCACCGAAUCAGUCGACGUGUUGAUGCCCAAUGUUGGUGAGAUUGUGGGAGGCUCGAUGCGUAUCUGGGAUAGUGAAGAAAUACUGGCAGGUUAUAAAAGGGAAGAAAUUGACCCCACCCCCUAUUACUGGUACACAGAUCAGAGAAAAUAUGGCACCUGUCCUCAUGGAGGAUAUGGCCUGGGCUUGGAACGAUUCUUAACCUGGAUUCUGAACAGGUACCACAUCCGAGAUGUGUGCUUAUACCCUCGCUUUGUCCAGCGCUGCCGGCCGUAACCGAUUCCUCCCGAAGCCAAAGGCAGGAACGCAGUUCCUGAGAGCAACAGAGUGCCUCCUUCUGAAGAACAAAAGCCAAGAUCUUCCCUUUUUUUUUUUAUCCUCACCUGAGGACAUUUCUGCAUGUGUCUUCAGAUAGAGUGGGAGGGAGAGAGGGAGGAAGAGCGAGAGAAACAUCCACG